AUGGACCCACUGGACACUCUGACGACAUUCAUCAAGCUCUACGACACCGAUGAAACAGGCGAACUGGAUCGAACAAAGUGGCUGGCUCUAUGCUCUGAUGAGAAGAUAAACCUUCCGGUGGAAAUGGCUGCCCUUCUGUUCGACGAACUGGACGCCGAUGCUGAUGGUCACGUUUCAGUAACCGAUCUAUUCAAAGAGCUGGCUAGCUGGCAAGCCACACAAUCAUUGACCCCGAAGGUAUCCUCGAACAAGGUGGGCCUAUCUAGAUAA